GUUCCAGGCAUCAGAGACGAGCUGCGAGAGAUCGUCAUGUCGCCGACUCAGGAUACGUUCUUCGAGGAGACCUCGACUAACAUGUUCUCGAACUUUGGCGACCUGGGCGUUAGCAUUAAGAAGUACGUGGAACAGUACCAGUCGCAGACGAAGAACACUGCGAAGAUAGAGUCAAUCGAGGAGAUGCAGCGGUUCGUGGACGAGUAUCCAGAAUUCAGGCGCAUGUCCGGCAACGUCUCGAAGCACGUCGCCGUCGUGCACGAGCUGUCGCGCAUCAUCGAGGACCGGGGGACACCAGCCUGCUGCAGGCCUCCCAGCUGGAGCAGGACCCCCGAGCUCGCCUGCACGGAGAACCGACAGGAACACUUUCGCGCAGUCAUGGACAUGCUGAAGGGCCAGGAGAUCACCAACAUGGAGAGGUUGCGCCUCGUCCUGCUCUAUUCGCUGCGGUACGAGCACGACAGCUCCCUCGGGCAGCUGAAGGAGGUGCUGCGCAGCAAAGGGAUCGGCCAAGAGCAGGUGGCCCUCGUGGACCAGCUGCUGCAGUACGCGGGCUCGCACAUCCGCGGCGGAGACCUGUUCCAUAACAAGUCGAUAUUCGCUCAGGCGAAGGCCGCGGUGGCAACCAGUUUCAAGGGCGUCGAGAACGUGUACACGCAGCACAAGACGCAGGUGGCCUCCAUCGCAGACAAUAUCAUGAAGGGAAAGCUGAAGGAACGAGUCCAGCUUUCCCUUCGCGGAUGGCGCGCGGUACGGCGCCUCGUCCAGCGCCGAAAAGAAGCUCUCGCGUGCCAUCAUCUUUAUCGUCGGCGGCGCCACCUUCGAGGAUCGUCGCGCGACGUGGCCGAGGUGAACAGGUCGUUGGAGAGCGGGCGAGGAGUCAUCCUCGGAGGCACGACGGUGCACAGCUGCAAGUCCUUCCUGGCGGACAUCGCGCAGCUCGGCGGCCCCCACGGCGGCCCCGAGUGA